AAGUCAAAACCAAAAGUCACUAUUGGACUGAACAAUUCGACAAUUAGUGUUAAAACUUUAAAUAUUUAGCAUAAAGAAAAAUAAAAGUCGGUGUAAUUUGUCACGGGGAUGUUUAGGUGUUUAACGGUUGUUGUUAAAAGUUCCAUUAAGUUAUGAAAAAUUUGUAGUCAAUAUGGUUGAUUUUAGUGAUUAUUUUUGGGGUGAGAAGAAUAAUGGAUUUGAUGUUUUGUACCAUAAUAUGAAAUUUGGCCUUGUCGCCAGCAAGGAGUUAGCUGAAUUCUUCCGGGAGAGUUCAAACAUAGAAGAGUACAACUCGAAAGUUUUGGGAAAGUUAGCCAAGCAGGCUGGCAGUGGAUGUGUGCAAGGAACGUUUGCUCCAGUAUGGCAGGCUGUUCGAUCAACAGCGGAGAAGUUAUCUCAACUCCACCUACAGAUGGUCCACAAGAUAUCGGAGCUUGUCAAAGAGGUCACAAAAUACGCUGAUGAGCUACAUAAAAAGCAUAAAACCGUAAAAGAAGAAGAAUGUGGAACAUUAGAAGUUGCUCAGGCAAUACAGUCAACGUCAGUUACCCUACAAAAAGCAAAAGAUAUUUACGUUCAAAGAGGACAAGAGCUGGACAAAUUGAAAAAAGAUAAUGCUUCAGCGAAAGAGCUAGAAAAAGCAGAAUUGAAACUAAAAAAAGCACAAGAAGAGUAUAAAACCCUUGUAGAUAAGUAUAGUUCAGUCAAGGAGGACUUUGAAAAGAAAAUGUCCCUGGCAUGUCAGCACUUUCAAAAAAUUGAAGAAGCACAUUUAAAACAAAUGAAGGAGUUUCUGAACACCUACUCUGAACUUGUUGAAAAUAACCAUGACUUAAUUGGGCGGGAAUACAUUGAAUUCAAAAGGCAAUGUGUGGAAAUGACUGUUGAAAAGCUACUUGAACAGUUUGUCCUCAGCAAAUACACUGGGCUGGAAAAGCCAGGUUGUAUUGAGUUUGAAGAGGUGCCGGUGAGUGUAGCGGCUGCUGGGGUAGAAGAGGCUAAGCCCUCCACGGCCCCUGGAGUCAAGCGAGAAGGCAGCGGAGGGGUGGGGACCAAAGACGGCGGGGGGGCACCAACUUCAGCCCCCACUAGCCCCACUACCUCUGCCAACGGUCCCCCAUCUGCCAUCUCUACCAACUUACUUGCCAGAAACCCCCUGCGAGGAUCAAAAUGGUUUUUAAGGAGUAGGAGAGAUAAGCGCAAGGAAAAGAAAGCUAAGAAGAAGAAAGAUGGGAGUCAAGACAGUACGAGCUGUAAAGAUGAAAAGUCAGAUGUGGAAGAGAAAGAGGACACUCACAAGUCUAAAACUCCAACACCAGAAGUUGAUGAUGAAGGUUACUGUAUUCGACCCAAGUUGGACCCGUGGGAUCAUGAUAAAGGCAGCUUUUACUCUAGCUCUGAUACAGAUUCUGAGGAUGAACGAGAACAGAAGAUUCACGUGGAGAUAAAACCUCUCGGCAAUGGAACAGGACCCAUCAGUGCGAGUGUGGACGAGCUUAGAGCCACUGUUGAAAACAUCUCCCUCUCCCCACUUGGAACUAUUCCUGGAAGGCGAGGUUCUAAUGCUGAAGAUCACACAAUGAAGAGAUCUCAGUCUGUGUCACAGCAAAUUGGAGGGGGAAAGCUGAACAAUGACCUGGUAGGACUGACACUGUUCCAAAGUCCAAUAGGAUCAAGUGCCUCAACCCCCACCACCAGUCAUCCCUAUGCUCCGUUGCAGAGUCCUACGCUAACUUCGGCCUCUAGUCCUGCACCUGUUACCACCAGUAGAUACUCAGAUUUGCAAGAUUUGUUCCAAGAGGUUGGUGUUAUUCAGCCUGCAGGUGUAGGGGUUGAGAGGACACAGAGACAGACUCCUACCCCUACCUCGGGUAUUGCCAUUCCGAGGCCUCCAUCCCGUCGAGACGACAUUACUUCUAGUGGCACACUGAGUCGCAACAAUGCAGGUAGGAACAGUCCAGCACUGAGGAGCAGCCCAGGCCCCAGCAACAUCGCGCGCGCAGACAGUGUGAGCAGUCUAGAGUUCCGUGCAGCAGGAGUGCCCGUGGGUCUGUCCCGCGGGCCGUCCCCUCUUACACUGGGCAUGUCUGACACUAUACCACUGGCAGUGGCCUUUCACGAGAUGAUACACUCCUACUUCCAUGGCACUGACGAAAAGAAGUGCCAAGUGAAGUUGUCAGGAGAUAUGAUGCUCUCUUUUCCUGCCGGCAUCGUAAAUUUGCUCACCAAUAAUCCGAACCCAGCCCAGCUCAUUUUUAAGCUCACCAACUCUUCUAGAUUGACCAAAGUGUUCCCUAACAAGCAACUAAUUAUUUGGGAUUAUGAUGAACCGUGCCUAGAAACUUUGCCCCCUUGGACUACAUUCAAAUUCAACAUGAGUGCCUUAACUGCUCUAUUGAAACGCCAGGCUGAAAAGAAUCCUACAGCUUCCUACUUCAAUGUAGACAUACUUAAGUAUCAAGUGAAACCGUUUAUAGGGGCUGCAUCUUGUCCGUUCCAACUAGUGGCUUAUUGGAAGUGUGAGAAGAACCAGACAGACAUCAGGGUAGAUUACAUGUAUAACAAGAAGGCUAUGGGAUCACCCUCCCCUCUAUUGAACCUAUCAGUGUCGGUGCCUGUAGACGGGGAUGUCAAAGCUAUGAAUGCUGAGCCUCAAGCUGAAUGGGACAAGAACAACAACUGCGCAGUUUGGAGGUUCACAGAGCUAUCGGAUCUCACAGAGAAUGGUCCGAUUGGCUCAUUGCGUGCCAGGUUUGAGGUGGCCAAAGGUCCCAGUUCCAUCGGCAUCAUCGCUGUCCAGUUCAACUGUGAGGGAACUACUCUUUCUGGCGUGGACCUAGAACUGCAAGGGCCUGGAUUUAGGGUGUCUUUGGUCAAGAAGAGAUUUGUGUCAGGAAAAUACAUUUGUCACGGCUCAAAUAAUAAGAAUCGCUGCAUUGAAGGUAGUGAAAAUAACGAUGAAAAUAAUGAGAAUCAUUCAUCCUCGUCUUCAGACUCCUAACAGGAUGCUGGUUCAAUGCCCGAGGAAGAGUAUGUCUAGAGAUGGAAUCAUAAUAAUGUAUUUAUAUUCGUUUUAGUGUACUUUCAGUGAUAGUAUUUACAUACUCUGUUGUGUGAAAAACAUAAUUAUUUUUUUACAAGAUAUGUCUUUUAUAGACAGGGUUACUGAUAUAUUUAUAUAUACAGGGUUCCUGUAAGAAUGUAUUCUGACUAGCAUGUGAAGAAUUUUGUUCAUAAGACUUUGGGCUAUCUAACUGUUUGAUCAGGCACAGUAUAAAUAAGCCAAUGGAGAAAUGUACAUUUACAGAGAUUUGCCCAUUACAUGCACAGGCUAUAUGUAGUUUAAAGUAACUCUAAGCUCUGUAAAUUGUAAUAUAUUUGAUUGUAAUCAAAAUAUUAUUUGUAAAGGCUUAAUACAGUGUUAGUUAUGUUUUACUUCUGUCUUAGAAUACUACUUAAAUCUGUUGAUGUAAAAAAAUAAUUUUUAUGCUUUUGUUUAAUCACUUGUUACUUGUUUUGUUAUUAUUGAUUCUGUUCGUGUAUUUGGAUUUUAAAAUUCCAAUAAAUAUUUGUCUUCA